UUAUAAACAAAAAUUCCACCUGAGAAAAUGUUGAAGUAGGAUUGCGGAUACAUUGGAUUUGCUGGAUGAAAUACAAGCAGUUCAUUUUCAUAACGUUGGGGAAAAGCCCAAAUUGCCAGAUUACAUGUGUAAAUCACUGCGUUAUUGCUUUAGUCAUUGUCUCUAUUUAGCAAUGACAAGACUGGAAGAAGUAAAUAGAGAAGUGAACAUGCAUUCUUCAGUACGGUACCUUGGUUAUUUAGCCAGAAUGAACUUACUGGUUGCUAUCUGCUUAGGUCUUUAUGUAAGAUGGGAAAAAACAGCAAAUUCCUUAAUUUUGGUAAUUUUUAUCCUUGGUCUUUUUGUCCUUGGAAUUGCCAGCAUACUCUACUAUUAUUUUUCAAUGGAAGCAGCAAGUUUAAGUCUCUCCAAUCUCUGGUUUGGAUUCUUGCUUGGUCUCUUAUGUUUUCUUGAUAAUUCAUCAUUUAAAAAUGAUGUGAAAGAAGAAUCAACCAUGUAUUUGCUUCUGACUUCUAUAGUAUUAAGGAUAUUAUGCUCUUUGGUGGAGAGAAUUUCUGGUUAUAUCUGUCAUCGACCCACCUUACUAACUACAGUUGAGUUCCUGGAACUUGUUGGAUUUGCCAUUGCCAGCACAACUAUGUUGGUGGAGAAAUCUCUGAGUGUCAUUUUACUUGUUGUAGCUUUGGCUAUGCUGAUUAUUGACCUGAGAAUGAAGUCUUUCCUAGCUCUUCCAAACUUAGUUAUUUUUGCAGUCUUGUUACUUUUCUCCUCAUUGGAAACUCCCCAAAAUCCAGUUGCAUUUGCAUGUUUUUCUAUUUGUCUGAUAACUGAUCCUUUCCUUGACAUAUAUUUUAGUGGACUUUCAGUAACUGAAAGGUGGAAACCCUUUUUGUACCGUGGAAGAAUUUGCAGAAGACUAUCAGUUGUUUCCACUGGAUUGAUUGAGCUUACAUUUUUUAUUCUUUCAGCAUUUAAACUUAGAGACACUCAUCUCUGGUAUUUUGUAAUACCAGGCUUUUCCAUUUUUGGAAUUUUCUGGAUGAUUUGCCAUAUUAUUUUUCUUUUAACUCUUUGGGGAUUCCAUACCAAAUUAAAUGACUGCCAUAAAGUAUAUUUUACCCACAGGGCGGAUAACAAUAGCCUUGAUAGAAUCAUGGCAUCCAAAGGGAUGCGUCAUUUUUGCUUAAUUUCAGAGCAGUUAGUUUUUUUCAGUCUUCUUGCAACAGCAAUUUUGGGAGCGGUUUCCUGGCAGCCAACAAAUGGAAUCUUCUUGAGCAUGUUUCUAAUCGUUUUGCCAUUGGAAUCCAUGGCUCAUGGGCUGUUUCAUGAAUUGGGUAGCUGUUUAGGAGGAACAUCUGUUGGAUAUGCUAUUGUGAUUCCCACCAACUUCUGCAGUCCUGAUGGUCAGCCAACACUUCUUCCACCAGAACAUGUUCAGGAGUUAAAUUUAAGGUCUACUGGCAUGCUCAAUGCUAUCCAGAGAUUUUUUGCAUAUCAUAUGAUUGAGAUCUAUGGAUGUGACUAUUCCACAAGUGGACUGUCUUUUGAUACUCUACAUUCCAAACUGAAAGCUUUCUUCGAACUUCGGACUAUGGAUGGACCUAGACACGAUACGUAUAUUUUGUACUACAGUGGGCACACCCAUGGCACAGGAGAGUGGGCUCUGGCAGGUGGAGACAUAUUACGCCUGGACACACUUUUAGACUGGUGGAGAGAAAAGAAUGGUUCUUUCUGUUCCCGGCUUAUUAUUGUAUUAGACAGUGACAAUUCAACCCCUUGGGUAAAAGAAGUGAGAAAAAUUAAUGACCAGUAUAUUGCAGUUCAAGGAGCAGAGAUGUCAAAGACAAUAGAUAUAGAAGAAGCUGACCUGCCGCAGCUAGGUGACUUUACAAAAGACUGGGUAGAAUAUAACUGCAACUCCAGUAAUAACAUCUGCUGGACUGAAAAGGGACGCACAGUGAAAGCAGUGUAUGGUGUAUCAAAACGAUGGAGUGACUACACUCUGCAUUUGCCGACAGGAAGUGAUGUGGCCAAGCACUGGAUGUUAUACUUUCCUCGUAUUACAUAUCCAUUAGUGCAUUUGGCAAAUUGGUUGUGUGGGCUGAACCUUUUUUGGGUCUGCAAAACUUGUUUUAGGUGCUUGAAAAGAUUAAAAAUGAGUUGGUUUCUUCCUACUGUGCUGGACACAGGACAAGGCUUCAAACUUGUCAAAUCUUAAGCUGGAACCCCAAGUAGAAUAUUACUGAAAGUUCAUAUUCUCAGUUAUCACUAACUUGCCAUUUUUUGUAUGCUGUAUUUUUAUUUGUGGAAAAUACCUUGCUAAUUCUGUGGCUGUUCUCACUUUUUCUUUUUUCAAGUAAUUAUGGUAUAUGUAAGGUGUUGGGAGUAAGCAUCAUUUUAUACUAAAAGUAUGUAAAGAGUUGAAUGCUGAUUUUGUAUAAAUGCAUAAGAGAUGUUAACAAUAACAGUGCACUUUGAAGAAUGUUUGUAUAUGCCUCUUAUUAGAAACAAAACAGUUGUCUAUACUCUAUAGACAGCCAGUGCAGAAUUACUAAUGCCUUAUUUUCCCAGCAUGCAUUAGAGAAUAUAGACCAGACAAUUUAUUUACUAAUACAAGAAAACUACCAGCCUGCUUACUGAAAAUUCUUUUUUCAUGUGAACAGUAGGUUUGAGUCCAAGACCAUGUGGAGAACUACAAACUCUUCUUAGAAAAGGAAAAAAAAAGAAGUCUCCCCAAAAUGAAUGCAAAUCUUGGUUGUGGUCAACUACAUUCAGAUGUCUUUGUUAGCAGAAUAGCAGAGAAAUCCAAAUUACUUUUGUAAACCAAAACUCUCUGUGUAGGUAACUGUAAGAAGUUACAACCUAUAAGUUGCUUCCUCGUGCAUUGUUGGGAGCCUCUGAAAGCACUGAUAAUUUUAAGUCUUUCUCAGGGUAACAGUGUUUUCUUAAUGAAAAAUGUUUCCAACUCCAAAUUCCUUUCAAAUAAAUUGUCUUCCUUUUCAAAAAGUACUCUUAUAAAAGAAAUUUAGCAAUUUCUCAUUCUGAUUCAAGCUAUAAGUAUUCAGAAAGGAGUUUUUUUGAAUGUAUUUUUAGAUAAUUUGUAUUUUUUUCGAUACAGAAGAAAAUAACUACCUUUAAUUCCACCAUCUAAAGACAGAAAGGAUUUUGAUCACUAUAGAGUUCAUGUUCUUCCAAGAGAAUUAUUUUUCAAAUCCCUAUUAGUGAUAACAUUUAUUCUAUCUAAGGUCAAAGAAUAGGAAAUACGUCAUUUUUCCUUUGUAUACAUAUACUGUAUUAUGUUAAAAAGUAUUCAUUAGUGGCAAUUUUAGUUAAGCUUAAUGGUGUGGUUGUAAUUUUUAAAACUUAGUGUUUUGUCUGAUUAAAGCAGACACUGAUCAGGGUAUCUCCUAAUUCACUUCCUAUUCCCUUCCAAUAAUCCUUACAUUCUAGAUGUUCAUCUAACAAUGGGGGAAUAUAAUUUGGAGAUAUUCUAAUCUUUGUUAUGUAAAUACUGUGACUUCUCACCAUUGAAGCCAUUUUUCCACCUCAGCGAGAGGAAAUAAUGCCUCUAUCAUUUUCUCCUUGGUGACUUGAAAAUUGAAGUUUCAGUUAGAAGUCACUUAGUGUCAGGGAACUUGUAUACCACUAUCUAUGCAGCUUUGUUAUAGUCUGAUUAUUCCUACAUUUUGAAUAUGAUUUUCCUAAUGCUUUGAAUAAAAUUUUGGUAAAAAUUCAUUCAUUUAUGUGCAAAUAAGUUAUUAAAUAUUUUAGUAUAUUAAAAGUGAUUGUCAUUAAAAAUGCGCACGAUUUAGAGUUCAGGCUUGGUGGCAGUUUAAUGUGAAGUUUUUCAAUAUUUGGUUAAAUAUUUUUUUAUCAAUCAACAUCAUCCAAAGAAAUAAAGUAGUAUACUACAAAAGCCAAGUGUUAAAAUUAUGAGCUUGUAGCUCCAAAAAUUGUUAAAUUUAUGUUAAGUCAAAUCUCCUUUUAAAUUUCUCUAUGAACCACAAUUGAGAAAGCCAAAUAUAAAUAUAUAUGUAUAUUUGUCAUUCUUCAUAAAAUAGUAUUAAGAUGGUACCAAAAUAUCACAUUUCAAAAAGGUAGCAUACAAUUUUAGAGCCACAAAGCUCACUUUUUGAUAUUUUCUGUAAAAGUACAUCCAAAAAGAGUCUUUGAGGUAAAAAUGUUACUUGAGCCAAUUAACCAAAAAUGUUAUUGAAUAUCCAAUUUUGAUGAAUACUCCUAUAUUAAAAAAAAAAAACUAUAAAUGACUUGGGGGUGGGAAAGCUCAGUAGAAGAAGGUAUUCUAAAUUAAAUCUGCUAGUUUAAAAACAUUAAACAAUGAAGUAAACUGAUAGUGCAAAGAAGGAAAAUUACAAGACUAACAUGAUUACUUUCACCUGAAGAGUUAAAAAACAGAUCUGACCAUUAAUGAGACUAGUUUUUCUAUGGCUUUCAUUUUAUAAGUCAUAUAUUUAAAGAAGGAGUUACUUGGAUGGAGAGGAAUUAUUUUAGGGCAAAAUUUACCAUUCCACCAAAAAGAAAUGAUAAUGCAGAAAUAGGUUUCAACAUAUUGACUUAUUUCCUAAGUGAUAAUGUGUUGAAGCCACAAAAGCACUAGCCCCUAAAAACAUCUUUUUAAAAAGUAUACAGUUACUGUGAUAAAUCAAGAAGCCAAGUUCUUUCUCUCUCAUAAAAUUUCAGUUAUGCUAUUUCAAAAAUUUUGUUUUUGUUUUGCUCUGAUUUUAACGUCUUCCUCUCUGAGAAUACUUGGAUUUAUCUCUCCAUAGCUUUCUGUGUUGCUCUUCUUAAUAAAGACUUCACUGGAACGGAUAUUUCUCAGCAGACCAUUUUUAUGAAUAGGUUUUCAUAAGUUGUGUGCUUUUUUAAAAAAUUAUAUUAAAAUGCAUUUAUAUACAGUGCAUUAGUGGACAGAUUUUUGUUUUGAGUAAAAUCUUCAUUAGAAUCUAUUUGUAACUGUAUAUUUUGUUUGUAAUUUUUGCCUAAAUAUAUUUGUUGUUUUGGCUACUACCUUUUUAUAUGUAUUCUUUCACAUGUAGAGGUUGGUCUUUUUUAAAGUAAUGUUCUAUAUUGCCUUUCAGCAGGUGAUGUAAUAGUUAAUAUUAUAUAUAUCAGAAGAACAUGGUUUAAUCUUGACAUUGUGAAUAAGUGUGUUUGAUGUUGAAUGCUCAAAGGAGUUAGAUCUGUCAGAACAUCUCCUCUGUUGGAAGCUACUAGCCUGUCAUUUCUUUCCAGGAAGAGGCUUACACGUCUUGGUUUUUCUGAUACACAAUUGCCCAUAAGAGUACCUUGCCAAUAAUAGACAGUUAAUAAUA